AUGCAAAUGGCAAAGAGGAACUAUCUUGGGAGGCUGGAGUGGGCAAAAGGCGAGGAGCAGCUUUUCGAAAUCUUGUUCCUGAGACAGGAUAUACCGCUAUUGCCGCUACACUGGGAAGUUGAUUUUCGAGGCAUACCCAUCUCAGGAGACUGCUUUUGCUGCAAGAAAGGGGAGAACCCCAUCAUCUAUGCGCACACGAGCACUUUUCUAGCCACUACGGCGUUGACGAGAUUAAUCGACCUGACUGCCUGUGUUCGGACAGCCUGUCAGUCUGGGCUACGAAGAAAGACACCGCUGAUGAUCAAGAAGGCCUUGGAUAAGUUCAUAAGAUGGGCUGCCGAAGACGGAGGAUACAACCAUCUGCAAUACACCCUCAACGUCCUUGUCGAGAUCCUUGACAAGGACGUCGAGCAAGCUGAUCUCACGAGCAUCAUAGAGGCGCGAAUGAACGCAUUGGCAAGAUUGCAUCGUAAAAAUCUCGUCAUUGAUCAAAAUGUUACUGAAAGCAUGGAUCCAGAAUCCCACGGAGAAACAAAAGUGAUUGACGAUGAGGACGAAGAGCAGACGGAUGUCGGCGAGCGCAAGCAAACAGCAGCAGAUCGAGUGAGCGUCAAGAUGGAAGAAGACGAGAAGCUCGACAUCAAGCCUGAAUCCUUCGAGGACGAUGUCUCAAUGAAGGACAUUCCUCUUGCCCAGACAACUCCAUCUCAGUCGCCGCUAUUAUCCUCGCCGCUACCAUUUCGACGACCCCCUCCUGUUAUUUACGGAUUCUUCAUCAUCUCCACGACGGUCUGCUUAUUCACCGUCGACUCAUCCAAAGAUGAAUCCUCUAUGAAUCUCAGCCUUCAUCUCGACAUGAACUUUCACGACCAGAGCCAGAGCGUGUGGAACGCCCUGACUGUGGCGAUUGUGGCAUGCCUCGCGAGAGACGAUAUGAUGACCAGGAUGGAUGAUUUUGAGGAGCAGAGAGUAGUCGAGGAGAGUGAUGUGGAUGCCUGA